AUGCACCCUCUAAACCCCUUUCUGCGGGCCUUCUUCAGAAGCACCCUUCCGUCGCAGUGUCUUCCUGUGAACCACCACAUCCUCCUGGUUCCGACGACAGAAUCUCUGUUCCAAGGCCGCGACCGCGAGACGACUGCGCCCUACGCCGACCUUGCCGUAUCUGAAGAAUUUCUCUCCAGCCAUGUCAUUCGCGUGCCUGGAGGCAUACCCCCUGGAACAACGUCGAAAGAUGGAGCCAACAUUCGGGAGUCCAAGGGCAAGGCCAAGCAGUAUAACACACUCAACGGCAGGACGGUAGUUGUCAAGGAUACCUAUGUCUACAGCAACAAAGGUUUCAAGAGUUUGACCCAGGCGCAGCUAUUGACUGACGCCCUGUUCUGCCCUGACAUGCCUGAGGCUCAACAAUGGCUAGUCUACUACAUCUCGAGGCCGCUAGUAGGCUCAUACGAUCCUGUUCGCAUAAUACCGGCAACUAUCAAAACCGCUGCGCAACGCGCUGCAGACAAACCCAAGCCUACUACUCCCUCGGCUUCGGAUGUGAAAAAGAAGGAAAUCGCAUCAUUCACGGAACUUUUGACCGCAUUUCCUCUGAUCGCUCGACAACUGCAAAAUGGGCUGGACAGAACACUCAAGGAGUUCGCGGCACAAUUUGAGGGUCCAGUACCCAACAAGUCAUCGCGAGCACCUUCAGUGAGCUCACAAAGGUCGAAUUACUCUUCAACCUCAUUGGAAGAUUCAUUGGCCUCGCUAAGGUCUUCGGUAUCUGGGAGCGACAGCAGUAACCGUCUCUCGUCAUUGACUAUUGAGCCGGAAGAGGACACUAUGCGAUUUGCACUCGAAAGCGCUACUACCGCUGCUAUAGACCUGUUCCAAGGAGUCGACAGACAACAACUAUCUCUACUCGGUGCUACAACCGAUUUGUCAGGACCGGUAGUUGAGCGCAUGAUCGAACGCCAUGUUGCUGAGCAGCUGCAUGAAUUUAUCUUGUUCCCUCGGAUAUGCAACAUCCGCCGCUCGGAAGAUCUUGAACUCGAACACCGACUUCGAAAAAUGGCCAAUAUUGACGUUGCUCAAGUCGGUAUACCAAUAGAAGAUGGCAUGAGAGGAAAGCGGGAUAUGGCGAUCCGAAUCGAUCGGGCUGUAGGCAUGUUCAAGAAGAUGGGAGUAGCCAGUAGUCCACAAGAGAUGAUCGAAGUCCUGCUGGAUACGGCAAAGACAGUCACUGCGACCCCGACUACAAACGUAGGAAAGCCUGGCGUUCGACCGGACGGCGCAGCCGAAAAGCCAAGCAUAGCCAUGACUAUCAACGCCGAUGCGCUUGUUUCAAUGCUCCUGAUUGUCGUCAUCAGGAGCUCUGUUCGACAUUUGCACGCCAGGCUGUCAUACAUGAGACACUUUGUGUUUAUCGACGAUGUUGAUAGUGGAGAGAUGGGCUAUGUGCUGAGCACAUUCGAAGCUGUGCUUGUUUAUCUCUCUCAAGACUCUGACGCCUUACGAAUUGCCGCGAGAAAGAAUGCACGGUUAUGGAAAGCAACCAGAAAUGGAAACACAACAGAGCUGCGGAACAUGCUUCAACCCGAUGCUCCUUGGAUAGCGGACGGCCAAGUCAUUGAAGAGGCGCCAUCUUUCGAUGAGAGCUUCAGAGAUCAAGACGACUCUAGUCUCAGUUCGCGACUCACGAAUCUCAAUCUUGAAAGAGAACAGCAACUAUCGAUGCCGAAUGGCAAUUUUGCCGCCAUUGGUGGAUCACUGGCCCACGUUUUCCCUUUCCAAAAGCCCCCGACGCCACCACCAGAAGCCAGUCAGCCAAAACGAAAGCGUGUGACAAUGGCGAGCUUCCGUAGUGCUUCUGUAUCAUCCGGAUAUUCGUCUCCAUCUCGGUCCAGGUCCAAGAGCAUAGAUUCUACUGUGAGCACCCUUUCAACAGGCGACAGCUCACUCGACAAAAUAUCACAGUCGCAAGGACUGGGCGGAGACUCAAUCUUGAUGAUGGCUAUUGAAAAUGGUCAGCUCGCAUCUUUGGAGUAUCUGCUGAGUCUGGAUCAAUAUUUCCCGAUCGAAUUCGUGCUAGAGGACUGCAAUAAUGAGGGAGUGACCCUACUGGUCGCGGCUGUACAGGGUGAUGACAAGAAUUUGACCAGUUUCUUGCUAAAUCACAUCAUCAGGAAUGCGCCUUCAGAUAACACCUUACGAGCCUACUUUGUCCGACAGGAUAGCAAGGGGAGAAGCUUCGCCCACUAUCUUUUCAACCAACCGCAUCUCAUGGAGACUGUAGGCGAAAUGCUACCUUGGCAGCUGAAAGACAAGAAUGGACAAACACCACUGUUUGCUCUGUGCAGGUCUUAUGAUCAUCAAGAAUAUCGAUGGAUGGUCGAAACAGCUUUGACACUUGCUACAAACACCCAACCAGACCAAGAGCCGCUUCAUCUUGCGGACCAUAUAGACAACAAGGGCAACACUCUGCUACACAUCGUCAACGAUCCACAUUUGACAGCCUGGUUGCUUCGCCAUUGCGACUCCGACGUCAAUGCAGCAAAUGACAAACGUUUCACGCCGCUGAUGAUGGCGAGCAAAUACGGUAGACUCGACUUGGUUCGAACAUUCUUCGGCGAUGCUCGAGUGGAUUUGCAAGUCAAAGACAUCAGAGGCUUGACGGCUGUUGAGUUAGCCAAAGACGACGAAGUCAGGAAUCGAAUAGAUGACCUAGUGCUGCUAUCGACACGGCCAGCCGCAGAUGGACGAAUUACCUCCGUGGUUCGCUCAUUCUUCGUGGAAGACGCAACUGUCCGCCUAGUUCUGAAGUCUGGUGGUCCAAAUCCAAAUGGCACGAUCACCGUCACCACUUGCCGUCGCUCUGUCGCCGACUUUGAGCAUCUUGCAAAAUGGCUCUCGAUAGAGCAACCUGCAUCGUGGAUACCGACACAUUUCAACCUGACUUCUCCAUUCUUGAUACCAUCCAAGCCAUCACGAGCGGUACUACGCGACACUCAAUUACGUCUUGAUGCUUUCUUACAAUGUCUCCUAACUCAUUCCACCUUCUCAACACACGAGAUGGUGUGGGAGUUUUUCCUCGUCCCUGAUAUCGAUCCUGCCAUGUUGGCCGAUCGAGCCAAGCACAAGGCAGAGAUUCGUGUUGAGAAUGUUCGGGAUGACUAUGACCCCAUAAUUGAUACGCGCGAGGUUGAGUCCUUCGUAUCUCAUGCGAAAGAGCAACUUCGUGGGGUCUCUCAUGCCGUCAAGACGCUCAUAAGACGUACGAAUGCACAGCGCAUGCUGAACUCCGAUUUGUACGAUGCGCGCUUACUCAACAAUACCGGCGUCGCCACCCUCCAAUUCCUACCCCGAAAGUACCUUAUAGCAUUUGAACGAUACACGAAGGCUCUGGCCCCAUCAGAAUCUGAUCCUCUUGCUAACUUCUACUACUCCUUGCACUCGAUCGCAAAUUCAUCUACGGCAGUACUUGUUGCUCUUGGGCGACCGACGAGUCUGAUUGGCAGCAUGAAUCAAGCAAGGAGGAACAUUGAAAGAGCGCUCGGCUCUCUCGGCAGACAAUCCCGCUGGACACCAAAUAUAGGACUAUUUGAUGAGACACGGCGGUCGAUUGCAGCCGAGGCCGAAGAGAAAGCGACGAAGGCUCAAGGCGAGCUUGAUUCUCUGGGAAGUGAGCUACGCUACACACAACAGACUGUGGCAGCAGAGUUGGCUGGCUGGCAAGAGCAGCACGUCAAGUUUGGCAGACGGAUGCUGAAGGAUCUCGCCAAGGGCAUGGUCGUCAAAGAAAAGGCCAGGCUCGAGAGCAUGAAAAGAGCACUGAGAGAGCUGCAGAGGUGA